AUGGCGCCGCGCGGCGGAGGUGAGGACGAGCCCGGGCUCGGGCAGGCCCAGCGCGGCUCUGCGGCCGCGGGCCCAGGCGAGGGCUCGCCGGAACGCGAGAGGUCGCGGUCGCGAUCGAGCUCCGCCCGCGCCGGCGUGCCGCCGCGGGAACGCUCCCGCUCCCGGGAUGGCCGCGACGCGGCGGCGCCGCUGCGUGGCCUUGGCGAGGAGCCGCAGGAGCGCGGCGGCUCAGGCUCGCGGUCGCGGUCAAGCUGCCGCGCCCGCGGGCCGCCGCGGGGGCGCUCCCGCUCGCGGGGCGGCGACGGCACGGCGGCGGCGGGGCGGCCCGGGAGCCGAGGGCCGCCAGCCUUGCAGGUGCAGUUCGCUUGGGCUGCGCAGCUGUUCCAGAGGACGGAAGUGCUGAGCUUCGGGCGCCACGUUUACAGGACCCGCGGCUCAUUGGACGGCCUGGGGGGCCUGACGCUAAGCUACAGCAUGCGCCAGGGCGGCUCCUGGGAGCUGGGGAGCCCGUCUGGCGGCUGCCUCUACCACUUCAGGAGCGAUGCCGAGACGCCGACGGUGCUAGUAGGGUGCCACCCGUGGUCGCGGGUUCCAAGCGGCGUCUGCCACAUCACCGUGGGCCAGCGCGCCGAGGUGGAGGAGCUCUGCGGCUGGGUCGACCCCGGGCUCUUCGCUCUCGAGCCGGAGCGAGGUGUCUGA